AUGAGUCUCUUUAAGCCGGAGACAGACGAAAUCAGUAGCAAAACAAACAAGGAGCUUGAUAAGGUUAAGAUGAUGAGCAUAUUGGAUGUGAAUGCUCUUGUUAAGGAUUCAGUUUCAGCAAAAGUCUUGGGCAAGAACGAGGAUUACUAUGGUGUUGGGUUGUGGGUGCUAGCUUCAUUCAUCAACCAUUCAUGUAAUCCCAACGCCAGGCGCUUGCAUGUAGGAGAUUAUGUUCUAGUUCAUGCUUCAAGAGAUGUGAAAACAGGAGAAGGGAUCACAUUUGCAUAUUUUGGUGUGCUUUUGCCAUUGGAAAAGAGAAGGGAAAUGUCAAGAACAUGGGGUUUCCAAUGUCAUUGCAAGAGAUGCAAGUUUGAAGAACAAUUCUGUUCUAAGCAAGAGAUAAAGGAGAUUGAGAUGGGAUUACAAAGAGGAUUAGAUGCAGUUUGUGCAGUUUUCAGGGUAGAAGAAGGCACGAAAAGGUGGUUGGUGAGAAGAAAAGAGAAGGAGAAGGUGGUGAAGCGGUGGAGAAGACGGCUACCUGCAGUUGAUGUGGUGGUGGAUAGUGCUGCAGAAGCAACAGGAAGUGAUGAGAGGAUAGUGAAAGUGUUGAUCGAAGGAUUGAAUAGAAGUGAUAAUCUGAUGGAGAUGGAGAGAGUGAUGAGGUUAGGGAGAGGAAUAUGUUGUAAAGUGGUAAAGAAACAAGCAAUCAAGUCUCUUCUUGGAAUAAGCUAUUGA